CACCGGUGGUGAUCGGGUUUCCGGUUUUCCUCUUUUCCCGUGAAAAGACAAAGGUCUUCGUGGCAAUAAAGAAAACAUUUACAACCUGAAAUGACAUACCGUGACCCACGACUCGUUUCCCGGUAGCUAUUAGCCCUUCGUUUUAACCGGGAAGGAAAUCGGUGUACGUUGCGGUGGCAGUGUACGAGUGGAUCACGCCGAGCGGAGCAGCAGCCAGUGUUAGCAGAGUCAAAAUGGCGUCUGUUCGCCCCACUCAACGGCCGUUUAAUCCAUCUGUGAUUAUCCCCGAUAGCUAGAUUCAGCGAUCGGUGACUAGUUUCGUAGUGUUUCGGUUUUAGACACUGAUACAGUCGGGGCACAUUUUAGCGUCAUGUCGGACUCGGAGGAGGACAGCCAGGACAGGCAGCUUAAAAUUGUAGUGAUUGGAGACGGUGCGUGUGGGAAGACAUCACUCGCCACCAGAUUUGCACAGGAGGCCUUUGGGAAGCAGUACAAACAAACCAUCGGCCUGGAUUUCUUUCUGAAGAGAAUAAGCCUUCCAGGCAACUUGAACGUGACCCUGCAGGUGUGGGACAUUGGAGGCCAAACGUUAGGAGGGAAAAUGCUGGAUAAAUAUGUUUACGGAGCCCAUGGUGUUCUCCUGGUGUAUGACAUUACCAACUACCAGAGCUUUGAGAAUCUGGAGGAUUGGUUCAGCAUGGUGAAGAAGGCCAACGAGGAAUCGAAUAUCCAGCCCGUUGUCUCCUUGGUCGGGAACAAAA